AGAUUAGUUUCAAAUUGAUAGUUAAGAACUAAAACUAAAAAAGAAGACAAUAUUACACACUUCAUGAUUGUUUUGAUAUUUCCAUUUAGACAGUUUAUUUAAAUUCUGAAAUUGUGUCUUUCAUAUUUUGUGUCACAAUUAUAUUAAAAUUAGUAUCUGGAAUUGAAAUAAUGUCUGAAGAUAUUAGACGAUGCUUUAUUGAUAACACCCCUUCAAAAAAUGAAAUUAUUCAAGAACAAACAGUUCCCGACGUGCAAAAAAAAGAUGAUUCAAACGUUGAUUUUUUUAAAAUAAAGCCUCAUAAAAUGAUUCCACCUGAAAAAAGAUUGAACUCAGAAUUGAAUCUGAAAGAUUUUCAGUCAAGUCUUUUGCAACAUGUGGAAGAGAAAAAUGCCCACAGAAACUUUGAAAGAUAUGUUAAUAUGUACAGGCGAGAAUAUGAAGAGGAAGAGCAAGCAAAAAAGACAGAAUACGCUUUCAAAGAAAAACAACUCUACCAAGAGAAUGAAUUGGCCAAGGAAAUGGAUGUAAUAAAAAGAAAAGAAUUCAGAGAAGCAAAAAUGAGGCAACUUUUAAGACAGAACUCAAGCGAAUUACGUGAACUUGAAAGAAAAUUGAAGGCUGCCUACAUUAAUAAAGAACUAGCUGCCCAAAUCGCACAAAAUCAAGCUGAGAAAGUUAAUGAAAAGAUUCGAGAAUCGCAAGCACAUGAAGUCCUUAAACAAGCUUGGAUAGAUCAAGAAGAAUAUCAAAAACAGUGUAAGCAAGAAGAAAUGAUAAAAAAGGCACAAUACAAACAAGAACUUCAAGAACAAUUGAUUUUACGAGAGAAAAUAAAACGUCAUCUUUAUGAAGAAUAUUUAAGGGAGAAAAAAUUAAUAGACGAUAUUGUUCAACGAAUACAGGAUGAAGACGAACGAGAAGCUUACGAACGUUUUUGCAAAAUGAAGAAGACAAGAGCGGAAAUGGUUGCAUUCAAAAAUGCACAAGAAACCUGGAAGAAGAAAAGAAUGGAAGAAAUAGAAGAGGAAAAUAGGAAAAUAGAAGAAUAUCUCAUGACUAAAACUGCUGGAGUACAAGCUAGGCAACUAGAACUGGCUAGAAAGGAAGCUGAAAGAGAAAAAAUUAUUGAUGAUAUAGCCAGAAAAAUGUGUGAACAAAAGGAGAAGCAACGGGAAAGAGAAGAAAUAAUUCAAGACUUGCAAGAAGAGGAACAAAGAGCAAUUAUAGAUAAGCGUCAUAGAGAAGAUGUAGAAAAACAACUCAGAAUAAAAUUAGAAACUCGAGAAUGCUUAACUCAACAAAUGCAAGACAGGCAAGAACGAGCCAGGCAAGAGGCAGAAGAGGAUAGAAAAUACAAAGAAGAGCUGUUGACCAAAUUAGCUGAAGAUGCAAAACUGGAACAGGUAUCCGAUCAAAAGAGAAGACUAAAAAUGCUGCAAUUUAAAAGGGAUAUUGAACAGAUGAUGAAAGAAAGAAGACAGAAAUAUGCUGAGGAAUUCCAGUUAUUGAUAGAAAUAGAAAAAGAUGAACAACGAAAAGAGGAAGCCAGACGUCGCAUCAUAGAAGAAGAACGAAUAAAGAUGCUGCAGCAACAUGUCAAAAAUCUCAUUGGAUACUUACCUAAAGGGUUGUUAAAAGCUGAAGAUUUGCCACAUUUGGGAGCAGAUUUUGUAUCAAGUGCAUUAAAAGAUGAUCCUUCUACUAGUAAUGCAAUUAAUGUUUGUGAUAAAAGUUAGAGAUUGUGUAUUUUACUAAUCAUUGAGCCAAAUAUGUAUUAUAUUAAAUGUAUCUUUUAAUGUAUUACUUUCUUGCUUACUAAGCUAAAAAUGGUGAUAUUUUACAUUAUUUUCUGAAUAGUUUUAUAAUAAAUUAUUCUCUUAG